GUUCGGUAUAAAUUUGAUAUUUGGGAAAUUUGCGUGCCGUCUCGCACUCUGCCUCGGUGGCCAACAAUUUCUAGAGCAAGUGUUACCGAGAGAAAAACUACAAGAAGGUUUUCCUGUUUUGAUAUUUUUUAAGCUGACUACAACAUCUGUGCUACUUGUGGCGUGCUCCUGCACCAUUGCUUUGCCGCGGUACUAGGACAAGCUUACGCUGAUUUACGCUGGAGAUUAUCGUUUUCGAUGUUCGGAGUGAAAAUAGAAAAGAGAAACGGCCAAUGUCACCCAAUCGUUUGAGGUGGCACAAGUGUAGCGCACCUCCCAAUCCAUGAAAGGGGAAAACAGUGCUUUUAACCUCUAGUGUAAUGACCAGAUCAGAUUUAUUUUAUCGUAAGGACGCAUAAAGCUCGCAUUCCGCUACACCGUGGGUGACACAUUCCUUUGCGUAACCCUUCGGCCACAUUGCCAUUUGGCUGGCAAACGAAACCCCAUCGCUUCCGACAGAAGUACCACCGAUUCGAGACUGCUCACUCCAACCGUCGUGCCUCCCCGCUGAUUGUUGCUCCUCCGCUCCUUCAACGGAGAAGAGUGUUCUAUCAGGAAGCCAAAAAAAAAAAAAAGGAAUACACCGAUACCGAAAAUGACAUCAUCGGCGGAACUAGAAACCUUGCGGUCCGAAAUCGAGCGUCUAACGCGAGAGCUGGAUCAGGUGAGCAGCGAAAAUAUUCAAUCUGCCAAAUACGGUCUAGGAUUGUUGGAGGAAAAGCAAAACUUGCAAGUGAAAUGUGAAGAACUGGAGUCGCUGUACGAGAACACCAAACAUGAGCUCGACAUUACACAAGAGGCUUUACAAAAAUUUCAAAAAACUCAACAAGUCACCACCAAAUCGGGCAUCGAGCAAGAAGAUGCAUUGCUCAACGAGUCGGCCGCGAUGGAAACAUCCCUCAACAUGCAGAUUGUGGAGCUGGAAAAUGAAACCAAACAGCUGCGCCACGAGCUAGAUCGUGUGACAAGUGAACGAGAUCGCAUGCUGCAGGAAAAUGCCGAAAUCGGGCGCGACAAGUCUGGUACGGAAGCAGAACGGGCACGGCUUAAAGCUGAGUUGAAGGAUAUGAAAUAUCGCGAAGCUCGCAUGCUGGCCGAUUACUCGGAGCUAGAGGAGGAAAACAUUUCCCUCCAAAAGCAGGUGUCCAGUUUGCGAAGCUCCCAGGUGGAAUUCGAAGGCGCUAAGCACGAAAUCCGGAGGCUGACAGAGGAAAUCGAGCUGCUGAAUUCACAGGUGGAGGAAUUGGCUAGUCUUAAGAAAAUUGCUGAAAAACAAAUGGAAGAUGCCUUGACUGCACUGCAAGUUGAAAGAGAGAAUAAAUACGCUUUGAAGAAAGAGCUUGAUACACAUAUCAACCGUGAAUCAAUGUACAAUAUUAGUAAUCUGGCAUAUAGUAUACGUAGUAUGGAAGAGAAUGCCCUGAACAGCAGCGAUUGUGAAGAGGAAAUCCCAGCACUGAGAGACUCCACCCUGAAAAGAUUGGAAGCAACCCUUGAAGCAGAAACUGCGGACCUGAAAUCACCCGAUGGCACAAAGGGCGAUCUGUUCUCGGAGAUUCAUCUGAAUGAGCUUAAAAAACUCGAGAAGCAGCUGGAAACAAUGGAAACUGAAAAGUUAUGCCUGACCGCAAAUCUUCGUGAUGCCCAGCAGAAUCUAGACAAAAGCCAAAACGACUUGCAAAACUUUAUGGCAAAGUUGAUGUUACUGGCAGCACACGUUGAUGCGCUUCAUACGCUCAAGAAACAAAUUCAAAUUGAGGAAAAUAUAACCGUAUCUACAGCAAAGGACAAGGAUGUGAAUGAUAAAUUGAAUGAAGCUAUCAUGCAAUACUCGAGCUGGUUCACCUUAAGCUCGAAGGAAAUAGAUACUCUCAAAGCUGACCUGGCUGAAUUGCAGAAGGGCUUGAACUGUUCUGACGCAAUGACUGUACUGCGCAAUGAAAUAACAAAUCUCAAGAACAAGCUGUUGUCUGUUGAACAGAAAUCAUUGGAUUUGCAUAGUGACAUUCAGGUACUUACGACACUCUCACAAACAGCGGGCCAGAGUUUGAACACGACGCGAACUAAUUUAGUUGCACUAAGCGACGACCUGGCCCAGUUGUACCACUUGGUGUGCACGGUAAAUGGUGAAACUCCAAAUCGUGUACUGUUGGACCAUAAGAACGACGACUUAAGCUUCGAGAACGAUUCCUUGACGGCAAUUCAAUCACAGCUGAAAUCCGACAUUCUUACAUCCAAGCCUCAUGUUUUUGAGGACCUGCAAGCACUCAGCGAUGCUGUCGAGAUUCGCAAGUACGUUGACACUGUGAGCGAUCAAAUUCGGUACCUCAAGACAGCUGUCGAACAUACAAUCGAGCUGAACAAGGAUAAGGUGGUGACCGAUUCCUCCGCUACAUCCUCGGGCGAUGUAAAGGAGGCAAAGGAAGAAAUAGCUGAUCUGCACGAACAAAUCAUCAAAUUGCGCAGCUUACUGUCGACGAAACGCGAGCAGAUCGCCACGCUGCGCACUGUGCUCAAGUCGAAUAAGAACACAGCCGAGGUGGCGCUGACAAAUCUUAAAUCCAAGUACGAAAACGAAAAGUUGGUCGUCAGCGAUACGAUGUCAAAGUUGCGAAACGAGCUGCGCAUCUUAAAGGAAGAUGCGGCCACAUUUUCAAGUCUCCGCGCUAUGUUUGCGGCUCGCUGCGAGGAGUAUGUCACUCAGGUUGACGAACUCACGCAUCAGCUUGCGGCGGCUGAGGAGGAGAAGAAAACGCUUAAUCAGCUACUUCGAUUGGCUGUGCAGCAGAAACUUGGACUGACGCAAAAGCUCGAGGAGCUUGAGAUGGACCGUGAAAUGCGUCAUGUGCGCCGGCCGGCAGCUUCGCAGCGCGGCGGUGGAGGAGGUGGCGGCAAGUCAGCCUUCUCUCGUGGGCAGCCUGCCCGGAACAGCCUUCAGAAUCCGAACAGCAACAACAAUAGUAACAAUCCGAACCAAGCUUUCUUCUAACAUAAGGUGAGCGUACAGCGUAAAAUUCUAGCGUUCCUUUACACACUGCUUAAGCUGUAACGGGGGAAUCGCUAGAGGAACGAGUUGUAGUUUUAGUUAAUGCAAAGUGGCGGGACGAAUUACAACCAAAAAUUAUCACCAUCAUAUGUGAAUCUUUCAUCGAUCUCCCGUGUGUUAUUGAGUUGGUUGUGCAUUGUUUUACGCUCUUUUUCUUUGCAAAAGAUUAGAAAACGGAGAGCUAUGACUAGGUGGUCCGUCCCACCAUUUAAUUUGAAUAAUCAAAUUCCCACAUGGAACGUAACUGACCAGCAGUGAACAACACUGUUUGAAAAAGAAAACUAUAUUUCCAUCCAUUAAUGAAACGAACGAGAAAUGAAAAUUGUUGCAAUACAUAAACUCGUUGUAAAAGGUACUAAUCAUCGUUUGGACGAAUGUCGAAGAAAAAAAAACACAGUAUGUCCAGUUAACCUGUGUGAAAGUCCGAAGAACACAAAUGAACGCGCAAGAGAUAUAUUUAUUUUCACCUAUAGUGGCAGCUACAAUAGUGUUGAAGGAAUUAUUGUAACUAGAUGACUAGCUGAACGAACGAACGUGGCACCGGUUCACCGAAGAACACACAGACAGAUGACUGAUCGAAAAAAGAACUCUGAUGAAGGUAUGGUUCGUUUAUUACACUAUCUACUGAUUAUUAGAAAUUGAUAACAACACAGUUUAGCAACUUAAAAUGUUGAACGGUGUUGGUGGUUGUGGUUUGCAUACCGAAUGAUUAUGGUAACACGAACACAAAUGUUGCUACCACAUCUAUUUCAAACAGGUAUAGAUAGAAGUUAUUUAUGAAUUCUCGAGCAAAUACCAAUACGAUAAUGAGCCCGUUAUCUAAUAAUUUACUGCGAUGAUGAUGCACAUUCGCACUGUGCUACAAACAUAAUGUUCUUUUCUGAAACAACGUUCUAAUGUCACUUACAGUUCGUGACAAGAGAGACCUUUUUUGUUUGGAAAAAACACACAAAAUUUGGACCAACAUUUUUAUGGCAGCUUUCCACACGUUCCUGAUGACUAGAAGCAUCAACGUAUUUUACAACAUAGUUACUUGCCGAAGCUGCCAGAAACAUUUGCAAUGAAAAGAAAAGCAUCUACGACGUCAUAAAACAGUAAAAUGUUUUUCUUGCUAUCGGAGUGUAAUGUGAUUUCAUUGGCAAUAAGAAUGUUUCGUGUAUAGUUGGCACCGCUGCAUCUUGCAUUGGUGGCUGUAGUGGAAGGAUUAUUAAUAGUAAAUUCCUAGAAGUAGGAAUUAGCCCACAUCAGUAACAAGCAGUGCGCAACAUUUUAUAGUCUAUUAGGUCGUCUUCCCUUUGCGUUCCAAAGUCAGUACGAAACAUGAUUAUCAGUAGUGUGUUAAACAUUAGACAGUUCUAAUGAGGAAAAAGUAAUAGAAGAACAAUAUGUUCAUUGGUAUAGCAACUAACAAUUAUCUGUCCAAAAUAGUGCAGGUUAGAUUUUGAAAUUUGUGAUUUUUUUGUCAGUUAAGAUACACGAAAUAUAGCACCAGACUCAAAUCGAACAAGUGAGGCAAUAUGUCAGCAGUGUCAAAAAUAAUGAUAGCAAAAUGAAUGAAUGAGAAUACAAUAGGAAUUUCGUCGAUGUAAUCCUACGAAAGCAUGUCCUCAUUGAAAAAAAAUCUUCUAAUCGUCCAAAAUUUAUUAUUAGAAUGUUAUUAUAUCCUUUGAUUAAUCCAUUUGCCAAUAUUUUUGAGAAGAAACAGGUUAUGUAUGUGAAUAAUAAAGAUAUUAUAGCAUCAACUCUACAUGGAAAUUGAAAGUA